UAUUCUAAAUGUUAAGUUAGUGAUGAAAUGCACAGGGGGAAACAUACCUUAUACAACCCUGGUAUAUGUUUCUUUGAAAAACAGCGCGCGCUGCACUUUGCCUCCUGAAAGGCGACGUCACAAAGGGCCCAAAGCGCGGUGGGCGGGGCCGCGCGGGAUGGCGAGUGCGCAUGCGCGCCGGGGGGAAAUCAGCAAUCAGUCAGUCAGAAGCAUCGAAGAAAAGAAACACAAGAGGAGCAGCGGCGGCAGCAGCAGGCAUGGCCGCAUACACGGAGAGCCCUCACACCGCCACGGCCCAGCACGCGCUGCUACAGACACGGGGGCCUUAAAAUCACACGCUUUUAUUUGAUUCAUUCCUCUUCUUUUUAACCUCUCUUUUUUGCGACCAAAAGCGAUUGGAUACAUUUAUUUAUUUUUUGUUAAAUAUUUUUUAUCAUGCUGGAUGCUGGAGAAUCUUUUUUUUUUUUCUUUUUCUUUAAAAAGCCAAACCAGAGUGAUGGGAAAAUAAACUAAAACUUACUAAAAAGGGAGACUUUUUAUUAUAUGAAAUAAAAGAAACUUAAUAAUAUAUUUUUAAAUAAUAAUAAUAAUAAUAAUAAUAAUAAUAAUAAUAAUAAUAUCAAGAGAAGGAGGCUAUACCGGAUAAGGAAGCGAAGGAGGAGAAACUUUUACGCACGUGAGGAACUUUUGACUUUUUGACGAGCAGAUAGAUGAUUUGUCCACGAGCUCUCGCGCACGAUGAACGCGCAGCUGUCGAUGGAGAGCCUGGGCGAUCUGCACGGCGCGAGCCAUGAGGCGGCGGCGGCGGUGGGCCACGCGCGCUCCGUGGCGGGCAUGGCGUCAAUCCUAGAGAGCGGCGACUAUCCUCAUCCUGCUCAUCCGCACCAUCCUCAUCCUCAUCAUCCGCACGCUCAUCCGCAUCCUCAUCAGCACCGCCCCCCAGAGCACGCGGGCCUCGCGGGCCACCUGCACGCGGCGAUGAGCGGCGCCAUGGCGUGCGAGGCGACUGCCGGUAUGGGCAUGAGCGGCACAUACACCACGCUCACGCCGCUGCAGCCUUUACCUCCCAUCUCCACUGUGUCCGACAAGUUUCCUCAUCAUCCUCAUCCUCACGCUCAUCCACACCAGAGGAUCGCGGGAAACGUCAGCGGGAGCUUCACGCUCAUGCGGGACGAGCGCGCGCUGGCCUCCGUCAACAACCUCUACGCGCCCUACCACAAGGACGUCGCGAGCAUGGGCGCCAUCCACGGCUCCCAGCACGCGCUGCCCCCGCCUCCGCCGCCGCCGCCUUACGCCCACGAGAAGAUGCUCGCGCCCGCCGGAUUCGACUCCCAUCACCCCGCCAUGCACGCGAGCAGCGUCACCUCGUCCACCUCGUCCUCGUCCUCGUCCUCGUCCUCCUCCCCGGCGACCGGCAUGAUGGUGCAAAUCAACGGCAUCCAUCACCACCACCACCACCACCAGCACCACCAUCACCCCCAUCACCCGCACGCGCACCUGAGCGCGCAGGGGCACCACCACCACCACCAUCACCACGCGCAGGGAGCUCUCGGAGCCGCGCGGGACCGGGAGCACGCGGCGCCCGUGGAGGAGGUGAACACCAAGGAGGUGGCGCAGAGGAUCACCACGGAGCUGAAGCGCUACAGCAUCCCGCAGGCCAUCUUCGCUCAGCGCGUGCUGUGCCGCUCGCAGGGAACGCUCUCCGACCUGCUGCGGAACCCCAAACCCUGGAGCAAGCUCAAGUCCGGCCGCGAGACCUUCCGCCGCAUGUGGAAGUGGCUGCAGGAGCCCGAGUUCCAGAGGAUGUCCGCGCUGCGCCUCGCAGGUCAGUCACUCAUCGUGCAAAAGGAAGGAGCAGGAACACGGGAAAAACGAGCGCGGAAGCGUCUCGAAGAAACCGCGACUGGUUUUCACCGAUGUCCAGCGUCGGACUUUACAUGCAAUAUUCAAAGAGAACAAGCGUCCGUCCAAAGAGUUACAAAUCACCAUCUCUCAGCAGCUGGGCCUGGAGCUCGCCACCGUCAGCAACUUCUUCAUGAACGCUCGCCGGCGGAGUCUCGAUAAGUGGCUGGAUGACGGAGGCUCCAACUCGGCCAACUCAUCCUCCAACACUUGUACCAAAGCGUAACAGCUGCAGACUGACCCAAAACAAACCUUCGGUGGAAAAGCUUUAACCUAAAAAAAAAAAAAAAAAAAAAAAAAAAAAAAAAAACUAAGCCAGAGAAUU